CAAGAACACCUGCGGCAUCGCCCAUGAGCCGUGCCGGGAUGGUACGAGCGAUACCCCUCGAGGGCUGGGCCAUGCCCUUAUCAAACCGCUGGAGGACCAGAGGAGUGCUAGAAAAGGAGUUCACUCUAUCGAUUCGGUAUCACUGUAAAGAUUCGCAGCCAUGUGUAGUGAGGCGUCAGUACCAUUGAUCAUGUCCUCACCGCUACCCCAAACCGACAGCCACGUGGAGCUCACCCUCCUCGCGGGCGGCAGCUUCACCGCCACAGCCAACUUCCUGCACGCCGGCGCCGCAGCCACUCCAUUUACAAUGUUCAACUGGGCCUUCCACAUCUCGCAUCCCAGCGGCCGUCAGAUCGUGUGGGAUGUUGGCAACACCUCCAAUCCAGACGACUACACUCCGUGGGUGCGCCAACACAUGUUCCCGCUCGGCCCCUUCGCUCCACCAGAGCCGAUCGAGCAGCAGAUCAAGAGGCGUACGGGAGUACCUCCAGAGGGGGUGGAUACUGUGAUCUUCAGCCAUGCACACUGGGACCAUUGCCGGCCCAUCCGCGCCCUGUUUCCGCGGGCAACCGGGUACUUCGGGCCAGGCACGGCGGAGUUCUGCGGCGCCGGGCACUUCUCGGCCACCGGAGAAGAGCUAGCGGAUGUUCCGUGGGACGGGAAUUUCUUCCAUCCGGAGCAUCGCACCGAGAGCUGGGAGGCGCUGCGGGGCCCGUGGAAGAGGUUUGGGCCGUUCGAGAGGGCGAUGGACUUUCUGGGCGAUGGCACCAUGUGGGUUAUCCAGGCGCCGGGACAUAUGGGCGGGAACUUGGCGUGCGCCGUCAGGAUUGAAGGCGGCGAGUGGGUGCUGUUGGCUAGUGAUUGCUGUCACUCACGAGGCCUCCUCGAGGGGAAAUACGAUAUUGCCACGUGGUGCAAUCCCGAUGGCAGCCAGGGGGCGCUGCAUGUGGAUAUUCCGGCGGCGAAGGAUACAAUGGCCAAGCUUAGGGUGCUGAGGGGGAUGGGAGUGCAUCUGGCGCUUGCGCAUGAUGUUAGCUGGGUGGAGGAGGGAACGGAUCCGGUGCUGAUGGGGCUGCUGGAUCAGGAUUUGAAGGAGUGGGUUGAGGAGGGGCUAAAGACUGGGAGGUUGCCGUGAUUUUGUGGGGCUUUUUGUAACACCUAUCUACUUGCUAUACGUUUUUAGACGAUGUUGAGGUACUUGUCGUGAUUCCAGAAGUAUCGUAAAUCACUAUACAGGCUCCAUCUUGAGGGUUUGGCAGAUCCACCACCGCUUCGGCCGGGCUCGGGUCCACAACCCUGCUGGGAA